AUGGUUGCAGAGAAUCAGGAAGAAAAUCUCUACGGUAUCCUAAGCGAAAGAAACAUCAAACAGGUACAGUUUGGAAUUGAUAAGAAGUUCCCCACAUGGUAUGGCAGUAACGCUUAUUUUAGUCCCGAUAGCAGACAGCUGGGCUUCAUAGAGGAAGAUCGAACUCCGGUCAAAAGAGAAAAAUCACAAUACUGGCUUGAUACGCUGUAUGUCUGUGAGUAUUGCUUCAGGUAUACCGAUAGGGACGACAGCUUCGUGGCUCAUGUUGCGCACUGCCAAUUCAAGUCCAAAGCACCUGGUAGAGCGAAAUACAAAAGCCCCUUGUACACUAUCAGACGUGUGAGAGGCUCCAGGCAUCUUCUGUUUUGUCAGUGCCUUUGCCUGUUCACUAAGCUGUUUCUUGAUAACAAAUCGAUGUAUUUCAAAGUGGACCACUACGAGUUUUACAUUGUCUAUGAAACGGGCAACACCAAGCCGAUGGCAUUCUUCUCAAAGGACCUGGUCUCAUACCACCAAAACAAUCUUGCAUGCAUUUUGACCUUUCCGCCAUAUCAGAGACUUCGAUUAGGUACGCUUCUUUUGGAAUUUUCUUAUGCACUUUCGAAAUCAGAGCACAUUGUAUCUGGGCCGGAGUCACCUCUUUCGCCAUUCGGACUGAUAAGUUACUUGAAGUACUGGUCAAAGGUGAUCUGUUGGGAGCUGGUGGAAGGAGAAUUGGCUAACCUCGGAAGACUCUCCAUUGAAACCAUUGCGACGGUAACCGGUAUAAGAGUAGGUGAUAUUAUACUAACCCUGAAAUAUUUGGAUUGCCUCGGCGAUAACAAUCAAAUUCAUCUUCCUGUUCUUCGAAGGCAUCUCAAAGCCGUUGAGCGGAACCAUAAAGAGCUCUUUAUGCUACAUGAUGAAUAUUUAUUGAUUGAUGAUUGA